CUUGAGUUGAGCUCAGACCGGCCAGUUCACACCGCUGCUACUAAUCUCUGCAAUGUUUGAAAAUGGUUUCAUCUAAUCAAGAAUCUUUGGUCUGAACUGGACUUUACAUGUUGUUGUUGUGUCUGUGUGAGUUUCCUCUCACAACCCAAAGACAUGCAGGUUAACUAAAGACUCUAAAGACUAGGUGUGAAUGUGUCCAUCUGUCUGUCUCCACCACCGAGAGCUGGGUCUCACUGACAUUCUUAUUUCAGAUGUGCACAGGCCAGUUUUUGUUCUUUUACUCUGUUCAGAUGUUUUAUGACUUCUGACAUGCGAGAGACAGCAAAAGAAAAAAGCCUAUUUCCUGCUAACUGGUUGGCUGAAACCCACAACAGAGACACACACAGAGGAAGGAGGUGGGCUUUACUCUGUGUUAACAGUUAACAUACGCGUGCCGAUCUCAGAUGACCGAGAUAUGAAAUGGAGGAAUCAUCGUUACAGUGGCUGCUGGUUGUGACCUCACUGCUGAGCAGCACAACAAACCAAGCCUCUCUGACUGUGAGUCCCAGCAGCUCUCAGAUGUUUAAAGGACAGUCUGUCUCUCUGAGCUGUGAGGAGGACGACAGCUCUGCUGGAUGGACUCUGAGGAGGAACACAACCAGAGACACCAGAACUGAAUGUGGAAAACCUGCUGGUUCUGUCUGUAACAUCAGCUUCAUCUUCUCAUGGGACAGUGGAGUUUACUGGUGUGAGUCCAGAGAGGGAGCAACCAGUAAGAGCAUCAACAUCAGUGUCACUGGUGGAUCAGUGAUCCUGCAGAGUCCUGUCCUCCCUGUGAUGGAGGGACAUGAUGUCACUCUGCACUGUAAAACAAAGACGUCCUCCAACCUCCCAGCUGCUUUCUAUAAAGAUGGCUCCUUCAUCAGGACUGAGCCUGCAGGUCACAUGACCAUCCGCCAUGUAACCAGGUCUGAUGAAGGCCUCUACAAGUGUGACAUCACAGGUCAUGGAGAGUCUCCACCCAGCUGGCUCACUGUCACAGGGAAACCCUCCACAACAAGUCCUCCCACAUAUACUUCUGGUCUUUCCUCCUCUUCCUCGCCUAAACCUACCUCUGGUUCCCCUCCUGACUCCAUAUUACCAUCUGUGGUUACACCUGUCUGUGUUCUGGUGUUGCUGGUGUUGCUGGUGUUGCUGGUUCAACUGGUGAGACGAUGCAUCCACAGGAAACCUAAAGCUGCUGAAGUUGGAGAUGAUGACAUCAGAGAUGACAUCACAUACACUGAUGUCAAUAUAUCACGUAACCUACAACAGCCAAUCAGACGGAGCAAAGAGAGCGAUUCAGCUGCCGUCUACUCAGCAUUGAGAGGAGCAGACGACGUCAGCUACGGACAAAUAGUCUUCAAAGACAUCAGAUCAAACAGGAAGAGAGAGCGCGAACCAGCUGCAGUUUACUCAGCAGUGAAAAGAAAAGAAGACGUCAGUUAUGGACAAAUAGAGAUCAGGCCGAACAGGAGGAGAGAGCCUCCAGCAGAGCCACAGGUCGUCUACUCUUCACUGAGGUAGACCUUCACACCUUCACACCAGUCCAACCAGUGAAGUCCAGCUGGCCUGUCACUGGUCCCCACAGCCCCUCACACCUCAGGACAUUCAUGGGCUUUAUUUCUUAUUUCUAUAUGUGAAAGUUAAAUGAGACUGGUGCAGCUACAGAGAGACAAACAGCUUCACUUUACACAUUAUUGUUUUACUUUUCUUUGGAUAAAUAACUUGUUAAAUACUUAUUUUUUUAGGUGGUAGUGUUUCAGUAGGGUGAAGAACACCGACAUGUUUCUACUGAACAGAAGCUGCUGAUAAUAAUGAACUUUACUGCUCUAAUAUUGAUAUCAAGUGGUGUCUCUGCAGGAUCAAUAAACUCUGGUAUCUCACUGGAAAGCUGGAAACUCACAAAA